AUGGCGGCACGUUUAGACCUCUCGUCUCCGAUAACGUCGUCCAAGCUAUCCCUAAAAUCGUCGCAGUCCAGCCUUUCGUCGUCCGCAUCUCGUCAAGCCAGCUGGUCGCCGCCCUUCAAAGGAUCAACCUCACGCCUCUCGAAAUCGACCUCAGCGCCCAACAAACCCUCAACCCGCCUCCCGCUUCCGCCUUGCGCGCUUCCCCCCGGCGCGCUUCCUCUCGGCCUCCGCACCGUGUCCUCUUCCGCCGUCCCCCGCGUCGCUGCGUCAGCCGCUGCCGCGUCCGCCGCCGAUUUUCCCGCAGCCGGGUCCGGCCCUGACGAGCCGCCUUUCAAUCUCAAUCCGGAAGAGCUCCAGGAGGAGCUUUCCCGCGCUUUUCGCUCUGCCAAGAAGCAGUCGAAGGUGGCGCUGCGCAAAAUAGCGGACGGCACGGCGGGGGCUCUGCGUUGCGCGCAGAGCAAGGUGGCGGAGUUUGAGCGCGAGAAUGACCUGCGCGGAAAGGCGCGGGAGGCGGUGGGCGCGGCGAACGAGCGGUUUGAGGAGGUCGCGUUCGAGGCGGAGAGGCACGCGUUUCGGUUCGACGCGCAGUUCGGGGUUUCAAGUAGAGUGGAGGAGAUGAAACGCGUCGUGGUCGGUGCGGCGUACGAUGUGGACUGUAACCUGCGGAUCCGACAAAGAAUGCGAGACAUGAUCAAGGAGAUACAAUACCAACUACCAAAGGUAUUGCGGGAAAAGAGGAGAUUCUCUAAAAGCGGUGCUGUUCCCUCCUACCACCGUCCGCACACUGCUUCCCUUCUCCGCACUCCCACGCUAACCAAGGAGCUGGAGAAGAGCGUCUGCAGCUUCUCUGACUCCGCCUCCUUCUCCUGGAGCGCCUCCCUCUUAUCUGAAGCGGUGGGCGGAGUUCCGAACCACGCCAGCCGGCCAACUCGUCAUGGUAGGCUUUCCAACCCCUCACUGCUGUCUCUCGUUGCUGCAUUCAGCUGCUCUCGCUCUGCUGUCUCUCAUCGCUCUGCUGUCUCUCAUCGCUCUGCUAUUUUGCUCCUUGCUGCUCAACCACGCCAGCCGGCCAACUCGUCAUGGUAUGCUCUUCAACCCCGCACUGCUUUCGUGGCGUUCGCGUGGCUCCUCAUCUCAGGCUGGCUAGCUCAGAUCUUCCUCUGGUCGCUCUGCAUUGUCCCGCUCCUUCCACUGCUUGCUAGGGCGCUCGCCAAAGCAGCCUUCGUUGAGGGUGAUUGCCCCUCGUGUGGAGUUCGUUUCAUCGGUCCCCGUCGCGAGCUGCUGAUCUGCCGAGGAUGCCACCACGUGGUGUGGACACCCAAGGGCUGGGGCUCCCCAAGAAAAGCUCAGAGCUCCUCUGCUAAAAGCACCAACAGCGGCAGCAGCAGCGACAACAAAGGUGCCAGUGGUGUUAACAGCAAGCGCAGUGCACGCGGCGCUGCUGAUGAUAACGAGGUGGAUAUUAUUGAUGUUGUGGCCAUCAGUCCAGCAGCAGCCUAG